AUGCGUGUGUCAAAGGUUUUGGCAACGGUUCUGCUGGGGUUUGCCGUGGUGGAGGCGGCGAACAGUGACCAGAGCCAGGGCGGGCAAGACUCGAAGGAAGUCAGUGCCGACAACAGCAAUGGUGGUGGCGGUAAUGCGAACCAGAAGCAAGCACAGGGGGGCAAUCAGGACAACCAGGCUGGUGAGAACGACAACCAGCAACAAGGACAGGGCCAACAAGGCCAGGGCCAGCAGGGCGACGGCCAACAGGGACAGCAAGGCGGCAAGAAGUCGAACGGGCAGCAAAACCAAGAACAACAAAACCAGGACCAGAAGGGAGGAAACCAGGGCAACAAGAAUGGCGGCGAUGACAACAAUGACAACAACGGCCAGGACGCUCAGCAGAACGCCACCGAGGGCCUGCAGCCUCUCCCCGGCCAGGCCUCAGCCGCACAACAGCUACAGCCUCUGCCAGGCCUCGCGACCCUACCGCCGCAAAGCCUCAAGCCACUGGGCAGCCAGCCGCCCACGCCCCCAGCGAGCCUGCAACCUCUGGGUGGGGCCCAGGCGAACGCGACCGCGGCCCUCCAGCCCCUGGGCGGGAACACGACGCCCCCGCCGCCCGGGUCGGCGUCGUCGACUGUCGACCUGGCGGCCCUGACGUCCAUCGCGAACUCGGUGAAGGCCGCGCCUCCCCCGGCGGCAGCCACCCCGGGGUCCUUCUCGAACGGGACCCACCCGGCCGCCAUGCCGCCGGCCGAAGCAGCCGCCCCGGCCGCGAGCACGCCGGCGCCCGCCGCGUUCAUGACGAUCCCAGGCGGCGCGGUCGAGGCGCCGAUGGCCACGGCCACGCCGCCCGCCGACAUCCUCCCCGGCGCGCUGCCGCUGCCGCCCCAGGCCGCGGACCUGGAGCCGCUGCCGGGUUCGAUCUCGUCGGACGCGAGCCUGAUGGCGCUUGCGCCGCAGACCAUGACGACCAUGACCCUCACGGUGGCGGCCCCGGACGGGAGCACCGUGGUGGCGACGAUGACGGCGCCCGUGAACGCCACUGCUGCUGCGGCGGCGGGGGGCAGGAACGCCACCGCCACCGGCGGGAGCGGCACGGUGCAGGUCGCUGGCGCCUCGGCUUCGAGGAGCUCGGGCACGGCGGGCGUUGCUGUUGUCUUGAGCGGGGUUGUGGGAUUGCUGGGGUACCUGAUGGGUUGA